AUGCCUCUUGAUGGCGGCGGUGACGGCCGCUCGGGCAAUGCGUCGACAGGUCACGACGGGUCGGAGAUGGAUCCCGCGCAGACCUGCGGCCUGACAGAAGUACGGUGCUUCGGUGACGCAGGCGGAGAUCCCGAGAGUGUCCGAGCAAUGAACAAGAAGACAGGCACGUUCCAGUCACUGUUCCGCAGACAGGUGGCAACGCUCGACAGCGGCAGUGGCGGCGGCAGCGACAAUAAUGAAUUGUCUCAUGCCUCAUGUCUCGGCGCGUCCUAUACGCACUACGAUGCCGUCGUUGCCUCCGCGCAGAGCGGAUACGCGGUAGGGCGCGGUACGCAUCUAUCAAAUGCUUUACUCACGGGCGUGAGGCUAUAUGCAUAUAUGCACGCGUACCUACCCAGUACCUACCUCUCGUACAUUCGCUCGCCAAUCGUCGAUCCACCGGAGGACGCGCCCAAUAAAGAAACAAAACGCCGCAUAGAACACCGUUUCGUCGAAUGGCCGGAUGCUCCCACGAUUUGA